AUGAUGUACGAGUUCAAGGUGCGGCGGUGCGCGCGGGCGCGGAGCCACGACUGGACGGCCUGCCCCUACGCGCACCCGGGGGAGGCGGCGCGGCGCCGGGACCCGCGCCGCGUGGCCUACGCGGGGGAGCCCUGCCCGGACUUCCGCCGCCGCCCGGGCGCCGCGUGCCCGCGAGGGGCCUCCUGCCCCUUCGCGCACGGCACCUUCGAGCUCUGGCUCCACCCGUCCCGCUACCGCACCCGCCCCUGCCGCGCCGGCCCGGCCUGCCGCCGCCGCGUCUGCUUCUUCGCGCACGCGGCCGGGGAGCUCCGCCUCGCCUCCCACCACAAGGGGCCGGGGCCAGACUCGCCGCCGGCGCUGUCGCCCAAGUCCACGCUGACGGCGCUCUGGGAGUCGCCCCCGGUGUCGCCCGUGGAGGGCAGGAUGAGGUGGCUGGACGCCAUAGACGACGCCGCCGCCGCCGACGCCGAGGUCGGGGAGAUCAUGCUCGCAAUGCAGCAGCUCAGCUUCGCCAACCCAGCACCAUCGGCACCGUCAGGAACGCUGCCGGCGGUGACGGAGGACGACGGGCCGGACCUGGGGUGGGUGUCGGAGCUGGUGAUGUGA